AUGGCGGUAGAGAUCUGCGUGAAGGCAGCCCCCGGUGCUCCCGACGUCCUCGGGGACUGUAAGCUCGUCGCCUUCGUCGUUCGAUUCCUCUCCUUUCCUCUCCCCUCUCGCGUUGAUCGCUGCUCCUGAAUUUUUGUCAUUGUUUUGCUUCGUCCAUUCCCUUUCUCCGGAGACUCAAUGUCUGCUAAAUUGAAAAUAGGUCCCUUCUGUCAUAAGGUCCUCCUGACCCUGGAGGAGAAGGAUAUCCCGUAUGAAACGAAGCUGGUCGACCUCAGCCAGAAGCCUCAGUGGUAAAAAGUUCACGUUCUCUUCAUCUGGGGUCGUCUGAUUUCCGUUUUUGGCCGGGUCUGGUUGAUAGGUUUGAUUCGUUCUGGAGUCACCAAUACCUUCGUCUGAACUUCGUCCAACAGGUUUCUGGAGAUUAAUCCCGAGGGGAAGGUGCCGGUUAUCAACUUCGGGGACGGCAGGUGGGUUUCUGACUCUGAUGUCAUCACCCAGAUAUUAGAGGAGAAAUAUCCUGAGCCGCCUCUGGCGACACCGCCAGAGUUUGCAUCUGUGUACGUCUUCGUAACACUUUUCUUUAUUCACUUCUACACUCCCAGUCAUAUCAAUUAUGCUGCGUGUUCCUUCUUUUAUCUUCCUCAUGAACUUCAGUGUUAUUCUCCUUGCGUAUUUUUCCGAGUGUUCGUCGUUUCAGAAAACCCGUACGAAAUGCAACCCUUGUCUGUUUUCUUAUUUCCCGUACUCUUCAAUACUCUUUAGCUGUUCAUUUUCACCCCAUCACAUGAAAGCAUGAACUAGAACCGUGCCCUGAAAAUCUGGAGAUUAGUCCUGAAAGCGAAAUGUGUUGAGUGUCGCAUAUUACUACUGACCUUCCCGUUCACUGUUAAUAUGGACUGGAAUAUUGAUCUAGAAGAAAACAUUUCUCUCUUCUAUGAAUGGCAUUCUUGUUCGACUCUUCUUUAUUGUUCACAUAUAUGAUAAUCGGAAGAAAAAUUAUCACAAUAGUAAAAUUAUACAAAUAUUUCUUGGUACCUGUUGAGAGAGGGCUGCAUAAAAAUUACUGAUUUACAGCUUUUGGGGGGAAGGAGGGGGGGUCAAUUUCUAAAAUAACGAUGUCAUUCUGGGGAAAAUUAUAGAAAGCCCGACGUGAUUAGGCCCAAAGGAGCCAGUACUGUUUAAAUUACAUACACUUUUAGUAACUGAAGAAGGAAAUUAUAUAAUAAAUCGGGUUGCUGCUGAAAAAAAAUUGUGGGGAAAUUGUACAAUGCUGCCAAUGAUAGCCACCCAGCAUAUAAGGUAUACAAUUAAAGAUGUUGCUCCCCCCCCCCCAAACAAGGACAAAGGAAAAUCACACGAAAUUUACUGUAUUCAAAUUUACCCCCUAGACAAUAGACCUAUUUCUUCCUUGUUCUCAUACUAUUUGCUUUUAAAGAUGAUAUUUGGGGGUCAUUUUUUGAAGUUCAGCCCCUACAUAGUAACAACUGUACCUCAAUACUCCCCCCAACAAGGACAGCAGAGGAAAAUCACACGAAAGGCUCCAGUGACUACUACUACCACCAAGGGCAAGUCUGUUGGAUAUUGCCCCCAUUGUAUCCAAAUUUAGCCUCUAGACACUGAACCUGCUGCUUGUUUUUAGUUAUACUAUUUACUUUCAAAAAUUAUACUCGGGGAUCCUUUCUGGUAGUUCAGCCCCGACAUAUUAACAACUCUACCUCUGUGCUCUCCUUCCAAACAAAUCGGUACCAUUUUUGGAUCAGUUUUAUUGAAAAUAGAUUUUUAAGUGGUCUUUUCAGUUUUUUAACAUUAACAUCAACUGUAUGCCUGACUUUCUCUCGAUCAGAUAGUCUGUUCAUUCAUCAUGGUAUAGUUUUUCAUCAUUUUGUUCACGAGCGUUUAAUACCUUUAAUCGAUUCCCCUCCUAUUAACUAGAAAGAAAAGAUGCAGGAUGUUGUAGAAGAAGGAAAUGACAGAAAAAGAUAAACAUAAUGAAUAAGAAAUUUCCCUCAGGGAAAAAUUAUCGUCUUUUUUAAUUCUUUUUAACAGAUGUGGAGGAUACUACAUUGUAGCCAGCCGUUGAUUGUCUGCUAGUAUAUAGCUUUCAUUUCAUUGUGUAUCCACACCUCAUGCAUUCUCAUGCGUUUAAUGCAUGUUCCAGUGGCUACUUAGCAGUUCAUCCCCCUCCUAUUAACUAGAAAGAAAAUAUGCUGGAUGUUGUAGAAACAGAAAUUGAUAGAAGAAGAUAAACAUGAUGAUAAAGGAAUUUCUCUCAGGGAAAGCCUGUCGUUUUUCUUAUUUAUUUUUAACAGACGUGGAGGAGACUACAUGGUAGCCAGCCGUUGAUAGCCUGCCAGUAUAUAGCUUCAAUUUCGUUGUAUAUUCCACACCUCUUGCGUUCUCUUUUCUGCAGUUUUCUUAUCCACUCCCUGAAUAUACUGAAAGUCCAAAACUAUAGGUUUUCAAAAUUGUGGUCUGUAGAUUGGUAGACUGGAGGUUACAUCUGAUGUGUUUUGAGGCUAAUUAGUACAAGGAAAGGAACUUGAGGCUGAUCUGUUGAAUUAGAUGACAUAAUAGUCUCGUUUAUUUUAUUUUCGAACAUGUUUCUAUUUUGUAUUCAAAUUUUCCUGUUAUUGAACAGGUUAAGCCAUUCCCUUCGUGGUAGUGAUGAACUCAGUGAUUGAGUUUCGAUAGUCUACCUUUUUCCGAAGGUUGAAAGCCAUUAUGCAGCAUUUAGAGACCAUCCUUUGUUGUAACUCGGAUAUAUUUUUCUCGAUUCUUACGCUCAUAUUUUUCUCAUAGGGGAGAAUAAGAUACUUCUAUUCUUUUACGCUUGGUGAACCAUCUAAGUGUAGAUCCUAUUCGCAUAAUUCCUCCUUCCAUUUUAAAUUUCCUCUGUUCUCUUGAAAGUCUUGCCCUGUAUUAGUUUCUGAUGUAAUUUUUUAUAUGCUCUGCUUUACCCUGAAUGGCAUAUUGACAUGUAAUUUUCCUCAGGAUCCACAUUUGUUGCUUGCAAUAAGAUCAUUUUCUUUUUCCUUACAACCAAAUUUCUGUUCUUAAAAAAACAGCUGAAUCUUGCAUUUGUCCUUUUUCUGCUGAUGAUGUUUCUUAAAGUUUGAGAGUGUCGUUGGUAAUUAUUUGAUGUAGUUUUUUUUAUAAAAAAUACAUUUAUUUUUUUCUUAAGAAAUACAUGCCAGUUGUAGACUUAUCUAGGGGCCCAUAAAUGGAAUGCUCUGCGCUCUAACAUCGCCGAUGACAUUGCAGGGGUUCAAAACUAUUCUCCUCCUUUAUCGGGUUCCUGAAAAGCAACGAUCCAAAUGAUGGUUCAGAACAGGCCUUGCUUCAAGAACUUCAAGCUCUGGAUAACCACCUCAAAGAUCACGUAUGUGUUGACAGAAACUGAUAAAAACCUGAACGUCUAGCUGCAUACUGGUUCUUUGCUUUUUUUUAUUUUUGCCUCUUCUGGUAAGUCUGGAUAUGAAGGUUUCCUGUGGCGUGCGAGCGUAUAUGGAUCACUAAUGAACGAUGAUUGAAUUGUGAGCAAUACCGUCAGCUGUUCAAUACCUGGGAUGAUGGCUAAACAUUGAACUGGGGAAAAAAAUUCAAUCAAUCAGUUGGCAAAAUUCUGUGAGAUUCAAUAUGUGAACACCUGGGCUCUUCUCUCUCUCUCUCUCUCUCUGGAAUUCUCAAUCUUUUUAUUGAUCUAUAGUGGGUAUAUAUCCCAUGGAAGCAUGCUGAAUGGAAGUUCUUGGUGGUUGCAGGGUCCAUAUGUUAACUACGCAAAGCCUUGUGCUGUUGAUCUUAAUCUGGCGCCGAAAUUUUAUCAUCUGGAGAUUACUCUCGACCACUUCAAGGGCUGGACCAUCCCAGAGAACUUGAACCACCUGCGCUCCUACUUGGACGUAAGUUGACUUCCUCUAUUUCUGUGUGGAACCCUUUUGCUGACUUUUCGAGACAAAGUUACUAAAACCCCUCCAAAACCUUAAAGAAUCACGUAAACCACCUUACUAAGAUGGCUGGAAUGCUUGUCCAUCAUCGUCGGUGAAUGCCUUCCAUCUUCUUCUGGUUAUUUGAUAGUCAACGAUGAGCCUUAUCCACACCGUCUCUUCCUCCUUUUUCACUAUGGGACCUGCGCAGCUGCUCUUCAACCAGAAGUCGUUCUUGAAGACAAAGGCCGCAAGAGAACACGUCAUUGCUGGAUGGGCACCGAAGGUCGAGGCCUGGCGCAAUUCCGCCUAG